AUAGGAAAACAUGGAGGAUAGAAAACAACAUGAUACGGCGAAGGUGGAUGUACCAGCGGAAGUAGAUCCUCCACGACACGGAAAGACAUUCUACGGGGUAGAAGACGUCCCUCCCAUUCAUUUAUGCUUCCUCUUUGGACUGCAGCAAGCUAUCCUGUGCCUGGGAAGCAGCUUGUCCAUUCCUUUCAUCAUAGCCGGGAUGAUCUGUGCUGAAAACGAGAGUGACGUGAGAGCUAAACUUCUCAGUAUCACAAUGUUUAUGUGCGGUCUGGCCACUAUAUUACAAUCAACGUUCGGUGUCAGACUUGGUGUUGUUCAAGGUGGUUCUCACACCUUCAUCGCACCUAUAGUAGCAAUGAUGUCGCUCAGUAAAUGGAGCUGCCCCAGUGUCAACGAGACUUUUGUAGCUGAUGACAAUGGCGAAGCUUGGCAAAUCCGUAUGAGAGAGAUCCAGGGCAAUCUCAUCCUUGCAUCUCUGACUCAGGUCAUACUAGGCUGUACCGGAGUGAUGGGGUUUUUGCUUAAGUUCAUAGGCCCUCUGACUAUCGCUCCCACUAUCUCACUCAUCGGUUUGUCACUGACAGGGGUAGCAAACGAUUUUAACACUGUUCACUGGGGAAUAGCCAGUCUAACGUUUUGUCUCAUCGCAAUCUGUACACUUUUCCUUGCUCGAGUCCAAGUACCAUUACCGUCGUUUUCGAUAAAAAGGAAAUUCCACAUAACACGAUUUCCCAUCUUCCAGUUGCUGCCCGUAAUUAUCAGCGUGUGUGUUGGAUGGCUUUUGUGCUACAUUCUGACCAUUACGGAUACCCUACCUAACGACAAGAAUGCCAAGUCCUAUUAUGCUCGGACGGACUCCAGACUGGACGUUGUGUCCGGCAUGCCUUGGUUCUAUAUUCCUUACCCUUUUAUAUUUGGGACUCCAACUGUGUCGGCCGCUGGUUAUGUCGGAAUGCUGGCUGCAACUCUCUCCUCCAUUAUUGAGUCGAUAGGGGACUACUUUGCUGCAGCCAAAAUCUCACACGGCACACCGCCUCCUCCUCAUGCCAUCAACAGGGGACUGGCAAUGGAAGGCUUUUGUAGUGUGUUGUCAGGUCUAGUAGGUGCCGGGCAUGCUACUACCUCCUACAGUUCCAACAUUGGUGCUAUUGGUAUCACAAAGGUUGCAAGCAGACGAGUGUUCCAAGUAGCCGGUGUCAUAUUGGUGAUUGGUGGAGUCAUAGGUAAAAUAGGAGCCAUCUUGACGUUAAUUCCGGAUCCAAUCAUAGGUGGUAUAUUGACAGUAGUGUUCGGGAUGGUUGCCAUGGUUGGAAUCUCCACGCUCCAGUUCACCGACAUGUCUUCAACAAGGAACCUCACUAUACUGGCCAUAUCCAUCAUUCUUGGCCUAAUGGUGCCAGAAUGGAUUGCUAAAAACCCAAAUGCAAUACAAACAGGUAAUUCUGAGUUGGACCAAGUACUUAAUGUACUUCUCGGCACCGCCAUGUUUGUUGGAGGGUUUCUGGGUUGUUUACUUGAUAAUUUAGUCCCAGGUUCCUCUGAGGAGCGUGGUAUCAAGAAAUGGCGGGAAAGCAUGUAUGAUUCAAACGGCAAAGUGACAGAGAGCAAUGUGCAGUAUGACUUGCCAUAUGUUACUAAGUAUAUGAGGAAAGCUAAGUGUUUCUCCUUCAUUCCUAUUUGUCCCACAUUUGAAGGGAUGAGUGAUAGUCUGAGAUGUUACAAAAAGCGAUCAAAGGGCGUUGAAAUGACUGACAGAAAAUCUUAUCCAAGUGAUGACCAAUUUCCUCCCUCCAAAUACACACCAGAAGAUACUAAACUUUAAUGCAAAGCUUUAUUUGAUUUUUAUAAACUUUUUGACAGCUACUGAGAAUAUGUUUAUCACUAAUAUUGAACCUUAUUGUUUAUGAGUGUAAGAAAACCAUUAUAUCUUAUUAUCCAAUUGAAUAUUUGGCCCUGCAUUUAUUCAUGAAGAAGGACAUAGUCAUGUCGUUAUAACUUACAAGCGGUCGUGGCAUGAUCAGAAAUGGAGUGAACAUAUCGGUUAUAGGACUUUAUUCAAAGUAGUUUUAACAAUGACAUUGCAGAAAGUAUACCAUGGCGCUAGUUUAAGCAAAAUUUAUAAACUCAUCAAGCUAGUUUGACGUUAGACACAAAAUGGUCAAUAUAAUUAGGUGCUACACGCCCACAAUGAAACAUAUAUACAAUAACUUCUGUGUACUAAAUGUAUAAAUGAUACGUUAUAUAUUCUGUCAUCAAUCAAAUGUAAUGUAAA